AUGAGCCUCGCUGCCCCCUGCUGCAGCGGCUGCCGGGCGGCCAAGGAGCGGCGGCCGGGGAAGGGCGCGCUCCUCCGCCUCUGCCUGCUCUCGGCCGCGCUCGUCCUGGGCCUGCCGCUGCUGCUCGGCCGCGCGCGGGACUCCGCGCUCGCCGCCCCGCAGCCCCCGCCCCGCAGCAACAGCAGCAGCAGCAGCAGCAGCAGCCGCCGCCGCCCAGCCCAGCAGGCGAGCGAGGCGGCGGCCGGCAGGAGGCGAGGGACCUACGUGCGGAGCGGCCGCCCGAGGAGCACCGCGCCGCCCACCUGCUGCCUCCAGGGGGCGCCGCUGCGCUCCAGCCGCAGGAAGACUAUACGAUGGCACAUAGACUUGCAGCCCUGGGCAAGUCCAGUUCCUUCUUUGAAUAAUGAAGCCCUAAGGCUCUUGAAGUAUAUCAGCACCACCCAGAUGUCAUGCAAUCAUAUGAACACAAAAGACCUGCCAGAAACCCCUGAUAGCCUAAGGAGGCCAUGGUCAGUCUGCCUGGAUGACAGAUUAAAUUUGGUUCAUCAAAUGAAAAGCAAGCAGUGCCGUUUAUAUUCACUGGGACUGGGCGAUGAUGAUAACCAGUUUGAGCUGAGCAUGGCCAACAGUGGAUGUGAGGUGCAUCGCUUUGACCCUAGCAUCAGAUCAGCACAUAUUCAAGAGGGACAUCUCUGGUACCAUCGCCUAUCCAUCGACUGGCGGGAUCCUAAUCCAGCGAUUGCUGCUCAUAGGCUUCAUGCCAACACCAAGAAACUUGGCACCAUAUUGAAUGACUUUGGACACCACAAGAUUGACGUCCUCAAAGCAGAUAUGGAAAGUGCAGAGUGGAAAAUUUUGGAAAAUCUUAUCCUGGAGGAUGUUGUGCCGCAAAUUGGACAACUGGUGUUUGAGAUCCAUGUUCAUUGGCCUGGAUUUGAGGUCAGCGGUAAUGACAGCACUGUGGUUCGGUACUGGUACAGUCUUCUCAAAGAGUUAGAACUGAAGGACUUCAGGCUUUUUCACACUUACAAAGACUUAUCGAAGCCACAAAUAUUUCUAAAAAGGGAGGCCUUCAAUGCAAGUAGCUGCUAUACUCUGAGCUGGGUGAAUACAAGAUGGAAAUAGAAAGUCUCCGCUGUGGAAGAGAAAUGUGAAUCAUCACCUUCAGCAGUGUUUUUGAAGAUGACUUUGGGGGCCUUGACAAAAGUUACUGAACUUGC